AUGGCAGCGCGUGGAGGUGUAAAUUCAAAGGGCGAAGCAGCACCUCAACCUGUCAAAGUUCAGCGAUAUUGGCCUGGAAAAGUUCCGGAAGGAGUAAAAGACUACUCUUCGGAUGAAGAAGAAGAAGACGAGCAAUUCGAAAGAGAAAGGGAAACCGAAAUUAUAACUAGUAUUGAAAAGGUAGAUAUAACGGAAAAAGAAGCAGCUUCAGAUCGAAGGCUAAGAAGGUUGAAAGAAGCCAAGGAAGCAGGAUCUUCAGAAGUAAUUGAUAGAAGACGGAGACAUUUUAAUGAUCAAGAACGCUUAAGAGAUCGUGUAUUAGAGCAACGAAAGCAAGAAGAAGAGAAAUUAAAAGCUAUAGAAGAAGCAGAAAAGGCUCAGGCUACUCAAACAGAAGAAGAGGGAAGUGAAAGUGAAGAAACGUCAGAGUAUGAAACUGAUUCAGAAGAAGAACAAACAUCAAGGAAAUUGUUAAAACCUGUAUUCAUCCCGAAAGCCCAUAGAGAAACAAUACUAGAAAAAGAAAGGAAGGAAAAAUUAGAAGAGGAGAUUGAAGCAAAGAAAUUGCAAGAAUUAGAAGAGAGGAAAAAAGAGUCACAUUCAAUGGUCGCUGAAGUGAUUCAAAAAGAAAUGCAAAAAACUGUCGACGAAGAAACUGGUGUUAAGGAAGUUGAUGAUACAGAUGGAUUGGAUGAACAGGCAGAAUACGAAGCCUGGAAAUUACGUGAACUGAAAAGAAUCAAGAGAGAUAAGGAAGAACGUGAAGCGAGAGAAAAAGAACGAGAAGAGAUUGAUCGGAGACGUAACAUGAGUGAAGAACAACGUUUAGUUGAAGAUAUGGAGCGUGUAAAAGAGCAACGUGAAAAAAAACCACACGGCCAAUAUAAAUUUCUGCAAAAAUAUUAUCACAAGGGUGCUUUCUAUUUGAAUCCAGAUGAUAAAAUAUUUAAACGCGACUAUACUGAAUCAACACCUGAUGAAGCAGCUCAUAAGGAACUAUUGCCCAGUUUUGCUUCGCACGCGAUGCCGGUUUCACAGACACCCACUUACCCAAUUAUGGCCAA